AUGCAUCUAAAGUUAGUAUAUUUCCAAGAAAAGUCUCAAAAACACGAGAAGAAGCAAGAAAACGAAGGGGCGGUGGCGAGAGGCGGACUCCGCGUCGAGGACUCGCCGAGCAAAGAAGAAAAGAGCAAAAACGGACCGAACGGCCGUACCCACGCUGUAGCGCAACAGCUGCGAAAUUUCCUUCUUACGCUGUAACCUGUUUCGAAAAACUCGAGAUUAGUCAUCGUGGGCGAUUCUCUCUCACCGAUGGCGAAUGAGAGAAGAGCCAAACUACAGUCUAUUCUCGUGCAGCCAGGACGUCUUCGGGCUCCGAGGAUUUUUCAGAGUUUUAAUGUUUAUUAAUAAGAAGCUUUUGAAAAAAAAAAACUAGCCAGAACUUGGUAAGAACUUCAAGAAAAUUAAAAAACAGUUACAGUUAGAGUGGAAUAUUUCGAAAUAAUCAACCUGAAAACACGUAGAGAAGACAUCCAAACGAAUAUUCAAAAAAACACUCGCUUGCGGCUUGCUGCGAUAUAUAAAUAUAUGUAUAUAGGCGAUUAUUUUGGGUGAUAGCGAAAUUUCUUUGUUGGUUAUUUAAAGAAAAAAAAAAGAGUUUUCAUGGGUUACGUUAUUUGAAACAGUCCAGUGUUUUGAGUUGAGAAAAAUUUCGAGUCGCCAAAAAUUUUUGAUAGAAGGCUUGAGAAAAAAAAGAUUUGUGAAGAUCGGUGUAAUUAGAAUUUGAAAAAAGAAACGAAAUUGGAGGGAUCGCAUGAAGAAGACAGACAAAACAAAGAUGUACGAUAAGAAGAAGAAAAUGCGAGAAAUCUGGGUGAUUGAACGGCGUUCGGGAGACAGAAUGGGCGAUUUGCCCUGAGGGCGCGAGAGCAUAAUGUUUGCGGUGGACAGUGAAAGCUUUCAGCCGUCGGUUUUCGCUGAAAUCAAACAAAACACUUAAGGGAUUUGAACGUGACGCUUCGAGAUCUCAUCUCAUUUCUGAUUUCGGCUGCCGAGAUGCGCUGCCAGCCGAAAUGGUGGCUCGUGGUCGUCGGUUGGCCUCUGGCCUUCGCCUUCUGGUUUCAGGCGGGUUCCACAGAAAAGCAUUCCUCUUGCAUCAAAAUGCACGGUUUCCUCGGUUCAUUCAGAAGCUCUGAACUGCAAACAGUUUUCAGAUGGAUGAGAAAAGCUUCCUUGCUUGUAUCUCUGAAAAAGAAAGUUCAAACAGAAAUAUUUGGAUUGUUAGAAGAAACGUGCCAUGAAAAUGGCUACAGAGAUCUUUCCAAAAAGAGCGUUUUUUCUAGGUGAUAGUUGUUUUGUUCGCUUCGAGAAGCUAUGAAGGGUUCGGUCGAGGCUCGCUUCUUUUUUUCCAUUUUUUAUGGAUCGUUAUAAUUUGCUCUUGGUUUUCAACGGUACAAACGUGCUGAUUUGGUCAAGGAAAAUCACAAAUUAAGGUGUUCACCCCUCCGCGAAAAAUCCAGCUCGCUGAAAAGCAGAAACACAAGGUUUUGAAAGAUGUUUAUUGAAUGAAAUUUGAGAGAAGAUAACUCUUGAAUCAUACACAAAAAGUACACAAACACCAACUGCAGAACUACUGCAAGAAAUGCGAGUUUCCGAAGCCCGACAGAGCUCAUCAUUGCAGUGUCAGUUCUGAGGGAGAACUUGCGAAUGGCAAGAGGUUUCAGGUUUGCAAAAGAUGCGUGGCUCGGAUGGACCACCACUGUCCUGUGCUGCAGACAUGCAUCCAUCAGCAAAACCACAAGUUCUUCCUCUUGUUUCUUCUUUGGCCGUUGGUUCUCGCCGUUUUUACCGUCUAUCACGGCUGGAGCGUUCUGUCGAAGGUUUUGAAAAAGCUUAGAAAAAUGGGCUCACAAAAGAGCCGUCUGGAAAGGUCCCUAUGGUCGGUCUUUGCGAUCAGUUUUUUGUAUGUAUUGGGGUUGAACUUUCGCAGAUCCCUAGCAAAGUUGGCAACCCGCGAAUAGGUCAGAUAGUGGCGGUUUUUAUUGCCUCGGCGCAGCUGGACUCGAUUGUUUCCAGGCGCUCGUUUGCUGUUGGAACUUCUGCGAACUGACCGGCGAGGAGCACUCGAUGGCGAGUGGCGUCAGCAACGCUGUGGUCAGAACUUUGGAAGGGAGGAAAAGCAGCAAUUUUCAGGUCGUUGGGAUGUCUGUCCUGUACCUUCUGCGUUAUCAAAUACCCAAUUUGCUCAGAAAUAUGACAAUUAUCGAAGAAGCUCGCGACGAUGACGUGAGUUGGGGGUUUUCUUCAUAGUUCACUACGUUCAUUUCAUGAUUUUACUUGUUCCAAGGUAAAAAAAAAGUUACUGAACAUCGCUUUGAAGAAGAGCCUCCAAUCGAGAUAAUUUAUAGAUGUUUUUUUUUUUCAUUUUCUUCAAUCUUUAGAUUACGACUUUUUUAUCCAAACGUGUGGCUUUCAGGCCUGUUUAAAGUCAAUUAGUUUGAUUUAGAUAAAAAAAUUUUUUUAAAAGCAAAAACAAUUUUUUUCGCAGAGGUACGACACUGGAUCGUGGUGGAAGAACGUGCGAAGUGUGAUGGGCGGCGGAUUUUCGAGUGUUCUGCCAGUCGGCAAUCCCGCUCUCUAA